AUGGGAGACAGAGAACAAAAGCCCCAGUUCAGCAAUGAGCACCAGCGAGAUACCAGACCCAGCCAGCGGCAGGAGGCACCUGGUGCCUUCGGAUCGGGGGAGAGCUCUGGGUACAGAGAGAGCAUGAAACCAAAUCAAAAACCCGUGGAUGCGUGCAAUUCUCUGAUACCUGGAUACACAGGCUAUGUCCCCCAAAGAUUCUAUAGAAUUGGCACUACUUAUGGAGAUGAUUCAGUGGCAUGUAUGACCUCAUUCCACAAUGCUACUCAAAGAAGCAGAGACGCACAGAAUGAGCUGAGAUACAUAGCAGCCACUACACCCAAACUUCCAUCUAUUUGCUCUAAUGAAGAUGUUUUACAAGCACUUUAUGACUAUAAUUAUAAACACCAUCCUUAUGUGCUAGGUACUGUACUAACUAAGAGAAGUUUACUAGAGCCACCUAUUCCUGGUUGGACUGGGUUUGUGCCUAGAGCAAGGGUCACUGAACUGGGAUACGGUGUUCGUUACCAUGAAAUGACAAAAAAUUGCUAUCAGGAUUUUAAGAACUUAAGAGAUCGGGUCUGCUACGAUCCCACCAGUAAUUUCCAAAGAGGCAAAAUGCAUGAAGUUAGACUUAGCAAAGUUCCCAACACAUACCAAAGAUUCUACAGGCCUGAAGGGAUGCUGCCAAAGUACAGCGGUCAUAUUCCACAUGAACAUGCUGUCAUUGGGAAAACCUUUGGAAACCUGUGCAGAAGCUGCUCGGUAUGCACGCACACGGAGGAGUCCUAUGGUGCACAUCUCACUAAGAAAUGUAAUGCCAUGUUGAAGCUCACGAAGAACUUGAAAUGUAACAUGAAAAGUUGAAACGUGCAGUGAUUUGGACUUUGGCAAUUGAUUAAAAACUACUGAAAUACUAUCUGAAAUGUGCAUGUCAUUAGGCUUGAUCUCGACACUUAAUGCUGUGUUAUCUGAGACGUGCAGUGUUUUGGAUAAAUUACACAUGCCUCAAAGGGUCACUAUUUUUCUGCUUCAGCUCUAAUCAGCAUAUUCUUUAAAAUGGUGUCAACAGUUGGUGGCCUACCUACACUGGUGUUUCCAGCGUUGCCAACUCACAGGUGGAGCGGAACCAUUGUUAGCAACAGAGACACAUUUUUGGUGAGUUUCCCUAGUGUAAUCAGUGGGCUGGAUCCUCAUACCUGUCCCACAUGCUUUGCACUGCUCCCCAGAAAUCAUUUUUGCCCCACUGGUCCUAUCCCUGGUCCUGUAUGCAAGAGCUCUUACAUGGCCAGGGAAGAUGAUGGUAGUAAUAUCAGAAUUUCAAAAGACGUCCAGAAUCCUGACAUGAAUAAAGGACCAGGGACCAAGAAGAU